AUGAGCAUGUUAUUGACAAAAGCAAUUCGAGUAGACCGCUUGGUCUUGACAGCGUCGGCUGCAGUGGGAUCAGCGCUGAUUCUAGUAGGGGGAUAUAAUUCGACUCGCUGCGAAAAAAUGUCCGACCAUCGGAUUCGCAAACGUUCGACUGUCAUCAAGGCCAACACGGGGGUAGUGGCAAUACACCCGAAGCGAGCCAACACACGAGAAGAGUUAUCCAAAAUCCGUGGUGGCCAAGACGAGAUCUUUCGUCGAUGGGAAUUGGACGAAGAUGGUUGGCGCGAGUUGCCAGCCAGAGCCUGGCCGAAAUACCAACCCAACCCAGAGCAAUUGGCCGGCAUUCAAGUGGAAGUGGAACGGCACGGCUGCAAGGCUUCCUCUCCUUCGAGCACGGAUAUUUGUCAGUCUCUGCUCUUCAACGUGGCGACUGCUCUGGUCUUUUACAGCGUGGAUCCAGUGGCAGGAUUUCAACAAUACGAACAACUUGCUUGGCGCCAUGGCAACGUGGAUGCCAUGGUAGCCUGUGGCAUCAUUUUAGUGGAAGGGUUGGGUGGAUUUCGUCACCGAGAGGCAGAAGGUGUCGAUUGGCUCCAGAAAGCAGUCACAUUGGAGUCCACUCAGGGAAUGUACGAGCUUGGGACUGUCUACUACACGGGUAUCGACGAUGUCGUAGACGAGGAUCCCGAAGUAGCAUUUUCCUUGUUUCAAAAAGCAGCCGACAAAGGACACGUAGGAGCAAUGUAUAUGAUGGCGGAUUGUUUGAUUGAAGGAGAGGGAACCAAAAUGGACGUUGCCAGAGCCAUCCCUCUGCUGUAUCAAGCAGCAGACCAAGGGCACCGCUAUGCAAGGCAGCGUGUAAGAGAGUUGCUCAACAUGAAAGCCUACAAAUAGCAACACUCUGGCUACUACGGUACAAGUAGAGGUGGCAGAGAUGACACUAAUGAGACGAUUCAAUCUACUUCUAGGAUUUUAUUUGAAGCCCUCUCCAGUUCUCUUCAUAGGAUCCGUCUUAGGAUCCGUCUUAGGGAGAAUCUUUGGUGUCCAAACAGCACAACAGGAAUCUUGCUCACCUUCACUCCAAACGAAAAUGGCAAGUUUCGCAGCGAAAAAACAGCUGGCGAUUCCUUUGUUUCUUGGUUGGUUGGCCAAAGCCUACAAAUUUCCCCAGCAUUGCUUGCUAAAACUCUGUCAUGCCAGACAUGGAUGGCUCGGCACUGGCAUGGUUGCGCAGCAAUAACAUAUCCUCAUUGCCUCCUACAUCUUCCCCGUCGUCGUCGGCUAAUUGGACCACAUGAAUGGUCAAGAAUUCUCGGGCGAUCCAAAUGGCAAUCUGUGGAAUGAGCAGCAGUGCCACCGUGCCAGCAAAACACCAGGCAGCAUCCCGAAUGGCCACACAAACAUCCAUUCCAUAGGCGUCAAUCAACGCCACUGGAGGCUGGACCCGCAGUCGACAGGCAAUUCCGAGAUACGCCCACAAAAUGAGGACGGGAACCACCCAAUUUCGUGGUCCACUGUUGUUGCCUCGUACCACCAGGUAGGCUCCUGCGCAGGGCAGGAGCAAGGCCAUGGUAACAAUGUCGGCAGCCAACUGGAGCCCAUGUUGUGUUCUGCAAUAAUACCGAAAGAUCAUGCUCCCACGUGAUGCUAACAACGGCAAGAGCCAACCGAUGUGGAGAUCAAAUGGAAAGCGAAAUACCCAGUAUUUCCAUUUGUGUGGCGUGGUGGUAGAUUGAUGUUCUUCUUGUUUGGCUUGCAUCCACAAGAGACUGGCCACGGUGCCAGCCAAGGCGACCCAUGCCGGAAUGAUCCAUUUGAGACAAAACAAUAGAGUGGCCAGACUUUGUAGCAUUCCAAUGUGAAAAUACGAGCACGCCACUCCCGUGACGACUUCGCUUCCUGAUCGCACUUUGGGAAGAAGCUGUACCAAUACAAAAAUCCCUUCCCAACAAAGUACAGGGAUCCACAAAUAAUCCCCUGCCCACUGAAUGGGUGUGAGAAGUGUUUCGUAUUGUGGAAGGGUGGUCACGGUCCACGUCGACGGCAGCCAGGAAGGAUGAGCUCGUUCCACCACGCCGCUGCCAAUGGCAAUGCUGACUGUCAAGUAUACCAAAAAGGUACAUAAAUUCAGGUAAUUCAGUCCGCUCAAUUCCGAGUAUCUCCGUCGUCCUGUAGGUUGUUGCUGUUCCACAAGUAGGGGCAAUGCCAUGGGAUGAUCGUCACUCCAACGAUCCUCCUCAAAGACUUCGUCUCGACUGUAGCUGGGUAUCAAGUAAUCGGGCAGCAGCGGCUCAUCAUUGUUGACAUACUGACUGGUCGGCGGCACUACCACGGCAUGUUCAUCACCAUCGAAAAUGAACUGUUCCGAGCUCAGAUUGUACGUGGGUGGAUUGCUGUCUGGUGCUGCCGUGUCGAAAAAGUCGUCAACUUCGCCGUCAUCAUCCAUCAUCUCAAAGGGCGCCUGAGUCGUGCGGUCGCGAUCUUCCGCCAUGGUGCCUCUUUUUUGUAGAGGAAAAUUGGAACUGACUUGGUGCAAUCAGGACUUCCAGAUCUUCUCCUGGGAAAAUGAAGAAGAGAGAGAAUAAAUAGAAAGAGAGAUCGCACGAUGUACUAGCCUACUAGUCUUGCUGGAGUAUUGAGAGAUGGUCUUCUAUGGUGACAAGUGCCCGUGGUGCGUUGAUGGUUCCUUCUUCGAUUAAUAACAAUAAUAAUAUGAUUGCAAAACC